AACAACACUCUAAAAACGAUCAAAGAAGAACCAGCGGAGAAACCAGAGACAGGUCCUGGAAUUAAUGAAAAAAAUCUGCCAGAUUCACACAGAGAGUCCAGUGAACCUGCAGAGGCCAAAGGACGUGCGUCUCAUCCUGCUGGGUUUACCUGGAGCUGGGAAGAGCUCGUCUGGAAACACCAUCCUGGGCUCGGAGCAGUUUCGAACGGGCUGUGACUUUCUCAGUGUGAGCAGGGAAGUGGUCAGUAAACAUGCAGAGGUCAGGGGGAGAAGAGUCACUGUGGUGGACACUCCGGGCUUUGGGGCUGAAGGUUUCACUCCGGAGCAGCAGUUUGAGCAGCUCAGAGACGCCAUGAUAGAAUGUGCACCAGGUCCUCACGCCUUCGUCCUGGUGAUAAAGAUCGGCAGGAUUUCUGAGGUGGACUGUAAACUGCUGCAGCUUUUGUCUGAAGUGUUUGACACGGACCUGAAGUACGUCACUCUGCUGUUCACUCAUAAAGACAGACUGAAGGGGCGGAGCUUACAGCGGCUCAUCGAGACCACGCCCCCUCUGAAGGAACUGCUGCAGAAAUGUGGAGGCAGAUACAACGUCUUCAACAAUGAACAAAGAGCCGACGUGCGACAGGUGCAGAGACUCUUACACACUGUGGACCUGAUGCACCAGGAGAACAGACGACACUACACCCUGGACAUGCUGGCAGAAAAACACGCCCUCGCCCUGAGUCUCAGCCACAGUGGAAAGUCCAGUAUAGGACAGGAAGUGAUGGAGUUUUUUUCAAAUGUAUGGGAGGCUAUUAAACAAUUUUUCAUACAGAUCUUUGAGUGUAUUCAAGCAUGGCUUAAAAGGAAGGGUAUAGUGGGCAACAUGGAAUAUAAAAAAAUGAAAAAUAACUAAAUAAAUAAAAUAAAAUAGCUACAACUUAAAUGUCAUGGGAGGGGGUGGGGGGUCGCGUUCUCCCACUUAAAAAAAUCCCACUACACCACUGCUUAAAACUGUUACUAUAUUAGUAAUUGAAAAAACGCUUUCUAAGAUAUGCAAACUAUUAAAAAAAACAUGCCACAUGAAGAGAUUUGAUGACUCGGACAGAACAAAUUUGUCAGCUUUGUGAAUUUAUUGAACAAACCAGUUGUAAAUAUUCUUUAUGCUACAUGUCCUGCUGUGUAGUGGUGUCUUUUUCCUUUCAUCUUGUUCCAAUGUGCUUCUUGCUAUCUACACAACAAAUCGCUCAUAUAACUAUAAAUAUAAUUUGCAGCUAAGCAGGUCAGCAGCUAUAAUGAGAGUACUUUUGUUCCCACAGCCCCAGUCCUAAACUCAGACAUAAUUUUAAAACCAGAGCCGAACCAGAACCAGAACCCUACAACAUGUCAGAACACAGAGCCGACACUGAUACUGACAGAGUUUAUUUAGAAUCUACCAUUGUCUCAAAAACUGUUUUACUGUUUUAUGGUUGUGUGCUGUGAGAGGAUUGAAGAGAAAUGAUCCCAAUGCUUUUAAUCGACACUGUUCAUAUGUUUAAUGAUGCUUAGAAAAGUGGAUUGUAGAAAAUAAAAUCAAAAACUAAAGUUAAA